CAUAUCAACGCAAGACAUACGUAAAUCGUUGACCGUACAGACGGGCGUACAGAAGAGUUGCCAGUAUUUGAGUCUUGGGCUUGAACUUGAAGCCGUUCUUGGUGGCCUAUUUUUUAGUGCUUUGUCUGAAAUUAUUCCCUUGAUACUACAUGUAAUAUUCGACUGCUCUUUCGCAUUUACUACCUAUUGAAGUGCUGAGGUCGCUGUGUGUAGGGAGAUGGCGACCAGAGCCGAUCGGGAAAGAUCAACUAAGCAGAAUGAGCGUCAUCAGGCCAUUCUUGCUGAAAUGCUCAACGACGAUGCGAACAGAUAUUGCGCAGAUUGCAAAUCUAAAGGUCCACGCUGGGCAUCAUGGAAUCUUGGUGUAUUUGUUUGCAUUCGUUGUGCUGGAAUUCACCGAAAUCUUGGAGUCCAUAUCUCGAAAAUGAAGUCAGUCAAUUUGGACACCUGGACCCCCGACCAAAUUGAGACCAUCCGUCAAAAGGGAAAUGGCAGUGUGAACGCUAUGUACGAGUACAGCCUGCCAGACAACUUCCGCAGGCCCACAGAUGACAGCGGUGUUGAGGCAUUCAUCCGCAGCAAGUAUGAGCGCAAGCAAUACUACAAGAAGCCCGAGGCCUCUGCCACGUCGUCUUCUUCUAGUUCCUCCCGGGCUGAGAAACCAAGAAAGGAGACCAGGGAAGCCAAGAAGAAGACAACCCAGGGAACCAAGGCAACGAAGACCACAGUGGCUGCUGUGCCGAGGCCGUCGUCCAAUGCUGCAUCUCGCUCUCCCUCCGCACAUGCCACACCCGUAACGGCCAAGCCUGUGGCGGCAGCACCUGAUCUCCUCGCCGAUAUUCCUGUCGCUGCACCCGUUGCUGCAAAGCCCACGUCCUCAGCCCAGUCCACAUCAUCCGGUGAUGCUAUGGGUGCCUUCAUGGGUGCCUCGUCAACACCAGCCAACCCUGACCUAUUUGGAUCAGCUCAGCCCCAGCAGCCAGUACAACAACAAACUGAUCUGUUCGCUGGAGCACCUGCCAAUGCUUUCGCAGCACAGCCUCAGCAGGCUCAGCCACAACCUGCUGGAAAAGACUCUAUCAUGUCUCUCUAUGGCCAGGGACAGGCGCAGCAGCAGCAGAUGCAAGCCGGAUAUGCUCCUGGCAUGUCUGCUGGUCAAAUGGCGUAUCAGCAGCAGGUGAUGAUGCAGCAGCAGAUGCAGCAACAGGCGGCGAUGCAGCAGCAGCUGGCGUACCAACAACAGCAGCUUGCCAUGCAACACCAGGCAUUGCAGGUGAACCAGGUGCAGGAGCAGAUGACCCGUCUGCGCAUGGGUGGUGGCCAGAACGGUCAGGUGGCUGGCUGGCCAGCUGCUGGUCAGCAAAUGCCUAUGCAACAACAACCAGCUGCACAGCCCGGUCAGACCAUGAACAACCAAUUGUGGCAUUAGUGUUUUUUCUGUUUUUAGCCACCUAGAGCCAGUUUCUAAUGAGGUUGCUUGGCCAGUACUCUGGCAUGUGCCUUCUGAAGCAGUCGCAUGUUUCCUGUGCUGUAGCUGGCUUCAUGUUGCUGUUGGUUGAGUGUGCCUGCACUGGCUACCAUUUUGCUCGCGCUUCGUCAAUGUAUGAAGGCGGCAGGCAGCUUGUAUAUUUAUAUUUUCUUGAUCACCUCACCCGCACGAUCACGAGUACAUGCUGCAUUUUUAGUGUGCCCGAAGCAAGCGAGAAUGCGUGGUGUGUCCAUGCUGUUGCGGCGCACUCAACACAUUGACUGAUGUAGUUUGUUUCCGUCUGCACCCUGCGUGUAUUUAUAUUCCCCCGCGUCUUGUUCAUUUGUGAUUGCAGCGUGGGGUGAGGUGACGUUUGAUUUUAUUGCCUCUCUCCACUGGCGAUGUGGGCUUGUUGGUCUUCUAUUAUUCUUUUUCCCCCGUACAUGACUAUUCAAUAGCUAAGUUCGUACUCUUUUGUUCUCAUGUUAUUCUGCUUGUGAAUGCCUUGUUUUUCUGCAUGUGCUGAAAUGCCUGCAUCUUACACAGUUGUCUCCUGGAUAUUUGUUUCUCUUUCUGCUACCCGAUCACCAGCGUCCCUAAUUGAAUUAUAUUUAUGUUGGCAAGGUGUCUUCGUUGUCUAUUUGCUUGUACAUUCACACUACAAAGGCAGACCAAUGACCCAUGAGAUGGUAGAAUGUCUUCUCUGUUUCUUUUUGUGUGCUGUUGCUGUUUUGUUUGUUUGCAGUUCUUCAGAGCUCCUGUAUCAUGUUUUUUGGAAUUGCAAAGUUAAUAAUUGUGACAAUUUCAUUUCACGUACACGCCACACACGUUUCUGGAUAGGUUAUUUUCAUAAUAUAUUUCUGGAGACGGACUAUUGUGAAAUUGAUUGGAGCUUCUGUGCACUGA